UUCCGUUUUUCUCCUUUAUUUUAUUUUUUUCCGUCUACUAAAAGCGGACACCCCAUAUCGGCUCUAUAAAUAGCCUUAUUUUUUUCUUUCACGCUCGUACGCAGUUUUCUCAUACACUCAAAAGAGGCAGAAAGUUUGAAAAAUAAAAUCUGUGUCGUAAAGAUGGCUGAAGCUAAGAGCAAAAUCGAAUCUGUCAGGGAAUGGAUCGUCGAGCACAAGCUUCGAACUGUUGGGUGUUUGUGGCUUAGCGGUAUUGUGGGUUCAAUCGCCUACAAUUGGUCUCAACCCAACAUGAAAACAAGCGUUAGGAUUAUUCACGCUAGGUUACACGCACAGGCUCUUACCCUGGCUGCAUUAGCUGGUGCUGCUGUGGUCGAGUACUAUGAUCAUAAAAGUGGAGCGAAGGCUGAAAGAUAUGCUGAUUACAUCCCACACAAGGAUGCCAAGUAAAUCCAGAGUAAAGGAUUCAUUUAAUGAGACCUUCAAGGUCCGUAAUGAUUCAGUGGAUUGAUAUGAAUAACAAUUUAUGUAAGGAAGGGCACUAAGUUUUGAUCAGUUUGGUUGUGUUGUUCUAUUCGGUACUAGCAUUGUAUUACACACUUGAUGGUAAGAAAAUUAAAUUAAAGACUAUUUAUGAUGUGAA